CCGUUUCGGUUUAGAAGUUGCGUUCAGUUUCCUAGUAUGCGAUGGCAGCAGCGACAGCGACACUGGAGGAGGAUCGAUCGCGAUCACGGCCCCACGACAUAGCCAGAGAUAAUAGCGCCCAGGAGCGAACGCUGUCCACGAAGGUGCGACGAAAAGAGGAGAGACCACAAAGGCGACUGCAUCCGCCGAUACCGCUGGGUCAACUGCUAUGGCUGCUUUGCUGCCUCAGUCAGCUGCGGGCCGAGUGUCCAUCGGUGUGCGAGUGCAAGUGGAAGAGCGGCAAGGAGUCCGUGUUGUGCCUUAACGCCAACCUCACACAUAUACCCGAGCCCCUCGACGCGGGCACCCAACUGCUGGACCUAAGUGGCAACGAUAUACAGGCCAUACCCGAUGACAGCUUCGCCUCGGCUCAGUUGCUCAACCUGCAAAAGGUUUAUCUGGCCAGGUGUCGACUGCGUCUCAUUGAACGUCACGCCUUCCGGAAGCUCAUCAAUCUCGUGGAGUUGGACCUGAGUCACAAUCAACUCGCCGCGAUUCCCUCCCUCGCGCUCCACCACGUCUCGGAGCUGCGGGAGCUGCGACUCACCGGUAAUCCCAUCAGUCGUGUGCCGGACGACGCCUUCGCCCAUGUGCCCCAACUGGUGCGUCUCGAGCUCAGCGACUGUCGCCUCUCCAGCGUGGCAGUGCGAGCCUUUGCCGGACUGGAGAGCACGCUGGAAUGGCUGAAGCUGGAUGGGAAUCGGCUGAGCGAGGUCAGGUCGGGCACCAUCACAUCGCUGGCCUCGCUGCAUGGCCUUGAGCUGGCAGGCAAUGCCUGGAACUGCAGCUGCUCCUUGAGACCGUUGCGUGCCUGGAUGUUGCUACAGAAUAUUCCCAGUGGCAUUCCGCCCACAUGCGAAUCGCCGGCGCGGCUAACGGGACGUGCCUGGGACAAACUGGAUGUGGAUGACUUUGCGUGUGUGCCACAAAUUGUGGCAACCGAUACGACCGCCCAUGGUGUCGAAGGACGCAAUGUGACCAUGAGCUGCUAUGUCGAGGGCGUGCCACAGCCGGCGGUCCGUUGGCUGCUCAAGAAUCGCCUCAUCGCGAACCUGAGUGCCGCGGGGGCGGGCGAGGAUGUCGACGAGCCGCGCACGGCAGCUGCCACACAGGGCCGCAAAACGUAUGUGGUCAACAUGCUGAGGAACGCCUCCAAUCUGACCAUCCUCACGGCGGACAUGCAGGAUGCGGGCAUUUACACGUGUGCCGCCGAGAACAAGGCGGGCAAAGUGGAGGCCAGUGUGACGCUCGCGGUCUCGCGUCGCCCCCCGGAGGCGCCUCUCGGUGUGCGCAUCGUGCUGCUCGGCGUCCUCGCCGCGCUCCUCUUUGUGGUCGGCUCGUCCUUUGCGGCCAUCUGCUUCUGCUCGCUGCGGAGGCGCCGCAAGCUGCGUUUGUGGAACUCGGUGCCGCCGGUGCGACGCAGCGAGAGCUACGAGAAGAUUGAAAUGACGGCACGAGUGCGUCCCGAUUUGGGCGGUGGUGCGAGUUGCGGUGGCGGCAGUGCCACCGGUGCUGGUCUCUUUCAGGAUGCCGAGGAGCAGGGCUAUCUGCGGGCCGCCCACACGCCCCUGCCCCUCAGCGACAACGAUGCGGUGGGGCACGGACACGGACACGGACAAGGAAACGAAGCGGCGAUUGUAAAUCCAAGUGCUGGCAAUGGCAAUCGACGCAAUGGCGACUACCUGCAUGUGUCGACGCACUGCGACGAUGAUGAGGACGAGUCACUGCAGCAACAGCAGCUACAGCCGCAACAACAACAGUUGCCACAACAGUUGCCACAGCGCAAGGGCUCCAAUGCCAUUUCCGCAUCCGCUGCGAAUAAUUCAGUGGAGGAAACGGAUCUGCACAUACCACGUCUGAUUGACAUCGGCGGCACCGACUCCGCUUCUAGUUCCAUCUCAAGUCAAGUGGAUGCCGCUGCUCGUCUGGCUGGCUACGCAACCACCUGGAAAACCACGCCCAUAGCAACCACUAAGAUCACAUCGCCACACAGUCAACCAGUGGGAGCAGCUCAGUCCACAAGCACGACGCCCUACAGCCACUAUGGGAAUCAUGCGGCGGAUGAGAUGGCUACCUCCGUCUUCUGCAGCAGCAAUGGCGAUGGCCAGGAGCACGAUCUCUUCGACAGCAACUAUCCGGAUCUGCUGGACAUUGCCAAGUAUGCUGUGGCCCAGGCUCAGUCGCAGUCACAAGCCGGCCACGCCUAUCCGCCAGGAGCGGCGCCCACAGCGAAUGGAGGACUUUGCACACUGCCCAGGAAGCUGAAGCACAGUGGAAAGUAUUUCCGGAACUCGUCGGACAGUCAGUCGCCGUUGUUGGCGGACAACUCCAGCAAGUAUGGAAGCAGCACGCUGGGGGAUGGAAGUUUCCUGAACGAAGCCAUGGGACUGGGAAGACGCUACUCGGCGGAGUCGAGCUAUGCGAACUACGCCAGCACCACAACCUACACGGGCGGAGGACAACGGGCCAAUAGCUUCUUGAAUCUGGUGCAGAGUGGUGUCCACAAGGGCGGACUGCAUACACAUCACCUGGGACACAAGCCCAGUCUGCCCUCCUCCCCCGUGCAGCAUCAACGCUCCCUGAGCAGCGCUGCGACGCCGCUGCUCGACUUCUCGGCACUGGCGACACGGGCGGCGGGAGCGGCCAACUCCUCGGUGGCAGCCUAUGACUACCAUGCAGCGCAGCUGGAACGCUUCCUCGAGGAGUAUCGCAAUCUGCAGGAUCAGCUGUGUAAGAUGAAGGAGACCUGCGAUACCAUACGCAAAAAGGAGACGCCACUCCGUGUGGCAAUUGGCCAGUCGGCUGCCCAACUAGCCGAUCCUGUGAUGUACAGCGCGGCAACCGCCUCGCACAGCCCGAAGCCCCAAACAUCCACCCUCAAGGCGAAAACCCUACUGCCAGGACAACCUCCCGAUCCGCCGCCCUAUUGGCUGCACCGCAAUGCGAUGUUGAAGCGCCUCAACGCGGAGGGCAGUGCGGCAGGUGCGGGCAAUGGCAACGGAGGCGCCUCUUCGCCGCAGCCCGGCCAGGAUAUUUUCAAGAGCUAAUCGAACUUGUGUACAGCCAAUGAAUAAGCCACAAAACCAAAUUCCACUUCGGACACUACCGAAGCUCCCAUAAACUUGCAGAAGUAGCUCAAAAAUAGCUAAGGAACUACGAACCAGUUUAAAUUUUAACUUCAUCUAAAAUCCGUACUAGA